AUGAAUAAUUCAGCUGUUGAUAUUAAGGGGUUGGGAGACAUGGGCAAAGAACAAUGCUUGUGUUCAUAUUUUUCGUUUAGGUGGCUAAACUACGAUCCUCUUGGUCAAAUUUUGCCGGGAACACGUUUCCUUCCUUUUAAAACUCCUUUACGUGCUGAUUACUUUAAAAAUAGAGGUGAAAAUUUUAGAAGAGAGCAGGUUUUUGAAAUCACUACGCUAGUCGAGCGCGCUGCUCGUGAGGGCCACACAAUAGGUCUUAUCAUUGACUUGACAGCGACUAAUAAAUAUUACGAUCCUUGUGAACUGGACGAGUUUGGGAUUGAUUAUGUAAAAAUUAGCUGCAGGGGUCACUCUGCUAACAGUGAUGUUGAUGCUGCAAAUCUUUUUAUCGAGUCUGUUUCCACAUUUCUUCGUAACAAUGCAAAUAAUGAUAAAUUAAUUGGCGUUCACUGUACUCAUGGACUUAACAGAACCGGAUUUUUGAUCUGCAAAUAUCUUAUUGAAGUUGAUAGUGUCGAUCCUAAAGAAGCCAUUAAAAGGUUUGAAUACUCUCGUGGCUAUAAAAUAGAAAGAAGGCGAUAUGUCAAUGCCUUAUUUGAUGAUUGUGUUCGCGGAUGUCUUUCUUACCUGGCUGCUCCUGUGAAUGUCCCAAGAGUUACCAGUGGUGUAUAG